AUUUCAGCCGCUGCUCUGAGAACUUACCGUGAGCAGUCCCUGACAGACUGUUACUUCACUACAGCUGGAGAUAUGACCAUCUUAAUUUACUUAUUUGUCUUGCUGUGGGAAGAGGCUGCAGGAUGGGGAUUCAGGAAUGGAAUUUUUCAUAACUCCAUAUGGCUUGAACAGGCAGCAGGUGUGUACCACAGAGAAGCCCGGUCUGGCAGAUACAAGCUCACCUACGCAGAAGCUAAGGCGGUGUGUGAGUUUGAAGGCGGCCGUCUUGCGACCUACAAGCAGCUAGAGGCAGCCAGAAAAAUUGGAUUUCAUGUCUGUGCCGCUGGAUGGAUGGCCAAGGGCAGAGUUGGGUACCCUAUUGUGAAGCCAGGGCCCAACUGUGGAUUUGGAAGAACUGGUAUUAUUGAUUAUGGAGUCCGUCUCAACAGGAGUGAAAGAUGGGAUGCCUAUUGCUACAACCCACAUGCAAAGGAGUGUGGUGGUGUCUUUACAGAUCCAAAGCAUAUUUUUAAGUCUCCAGGCUUUCCAAAGGAGUAUGAAGAUAACCAAAUAUGCUACUGGCACAUUAGACUCAAGUAUGGUCAGCGUGUUCACCUAAGUUUUUUGAACUUUGACCUUGAAGAUGACCCAGGUUGCUUGGCUGACUAUGUUGAAAUAUAUGACAGUUAUGAUGAUAUCCAUGGCUUUGUGGGAAGGUACUGUGGAGAUACGCUUCCAGAUGACAUCAUUAGUACAGGAAAUGUCAUGACCUUGAAGUUUCUGAGUGAUGCUUCAGUGACAGCAGGAGGUUUCCAAAUCAAAUAUGUUACAGUGGAUCCUGUGCCCAAAUCCAGUCAAGGAAAAAAUACAAGCACUACGUCCACUGGAAAUAAAAACUUUUUAGCUGGAAGAUUUAGCCAUUUAUAAGGGGAAAAAAGGAUGAUCAGAAUAUACAGUGUUUAUGUUUGCAUCUUUUGGAACUCCUUUGAGCUCACUUUUAUAUUAUUAUUGUUAACAUUUAUUUAUUAUUUUUCUAAAUGUGAAAGCAUUACCUGCUUUGGGGGAAAUCGGAAAAUACAGAAAACUUUAUAUGAGAAAAUAAAAUCUCUCAUAACCUCACUACAUAGAAAUAACAAGCAUUAACAUUUUUAACAUUUUUAUAUAUUUUUCUCUCAGUCAUUUUUCUGUUUGUGGUAUAUAUAUGUAUCUAUAUGUAUUUGCAUUUGAAAUUUUGGAAUCCCACUCUAUGUACAGUUUUAUAUCCCUGUUUUGUUAACCUUGAACUUUAUAGUUUAAGCAUGUUCUGAAAUCAUUGAGUAUUCCACAAAAACAUGAUUUUGAACAGCUGUAAAAUAUUCUAUGGUAUGAUUGUUCAAUGUGUUAUUUAAGCCUGUCUCUAUUGUUGGAAUUUCAGGUUGUUUUCAUAAGUAUUGCCGUAAUAAAUAUUCUUGAACAUACA